CAACUCUUUUAACCACACUUGAAUUCAUACUCGUACCCCUCACCUUCGAUCUUUGAACAACCUCCUGAUAUCCGGGAAGAGGUCUACAGGGUCGCCAAAUGCUUCCGCACGGGCAAUGAAGGAGAAGAGCGGCGACAACAGACUUGGGUGCAAAGUCUGUGGGAAAUGUUUUGCCCGCUCCGACACUCUUCUUCGUCAUGAACGAAACCAUCAUGCCACAGAAGACCGCGGCCCCGUGCAUCGUGUCACUGUUGGCACCUUCCGGGCAUGUCAAGGGUGUGCAGCAGCGCGAUCUCGUUGCUCUGGGGGGUUCCCAUGUGGCAGGUGCCACACUCGCAAGCUAGAAUGUGUCUAUCCCAGUAAACGACGUAAGGGAUCUAUCUCAAACAGUCAACCUGGAAAUGGACUCGACAGUGGUGAACCGAGAGAGCAACAUCUUGGCCAUUUCAACGAGUUGGUCUUUGCAGCGAAUGGCCCGCAACAGGAUCUGUCUGAAGACAAGUCGAAUAUGAAGCCCCCAGCGUUGACUUCAACGCUGAGGUCAAGUCAUGGUCUGGAGUCAUACGGUCAUCCUACGCUGAUUGAUAGUUACAACCAAGCGCCAGAAGCUGUUUCGAGGUCUAGUCAGCUACCGAUCGACGUUGACACCCUAACAUCUUCCCAAAGUCAGACACAACAGGGAAAUCAGUUCGCAGAUGGCUCCAUAUCGGCGCAAUUCGACACUGAGCUUACGGGAGUCCUUCCAACAUAUGACUACAACGCAUUUGACGAUGAACCAUUGAAUUGGAUCCCUCCUUCGCUGAUACCGUCACCCUAUGAUGCAGAAUUGGAGCAGGACUUCUCUUUCAUACUUCCUCCAUUAACCACCGAACCGACCAUCGGGACAGAAUACAGCAUGCCAAUUCCAUUCGACCACAACUCUCAAGUUUAUCAAAUCCAGAACGUGUCCCCAGAAACAGCGGAAAGUCACAACUUCCCUGCCGCAUUCAUAGGCAUGGAGCCCAGCCCCUCGUCAUCAGCUAGUGACGGUUUGAAUAUGGCCAGAUCUACUCAAACUAUAUCAACCACUGAUACAAAACGCAAGAAGCGUAAAAUGUCCCACAUUCCAGAAUCUUUCAACAGGCCCAGAGAACAACCGAGUUCAUUUGCUUUCCCACCACCGCCCGAUACUGUCAACAUGACAACAUCUGCAGAAACCAAAAACCAUAUCGCCUAUUUGACGUACCAAAACAUUAUGGACCUUUUCAGAACAUUAUGUCUUGACACAGGUGUUCCGCGCCGAUUUGUGCAGUCAGAUUUUCCUAGCUUUGCCGAUUUUAACACGUGCACUGAACUUUACUUCGAACACAUCCACUCCAGCUUUCCACUGAUCCAUCGACCAUCAUUCGGAUCUCAGACACAUAUGAUAGUGGUCCUUGCAGUGGCGGCAAUUGGUAGCACUUUUCUCAAAACACAGAAUGCCCUCGAUUUUCGAGAAGCUUUUCAGGAGUUUCUGCGCCGAGCGAUACACCACUACUCGGAUGGUAUACCUGAUGCCGAUCCAUUAGACAUUCCACUAGCACAAGCCCGGAUCCUGAAUCUCGUCGGCCUCUUGCAAUCAGACCGUGAUCAGCUACGAUACCUUGCCCCCCGCUACCAUGCGGAUCUGUCACAUUGGUGCCUUGCUUCGGGUGUUCUUCAGCUUCCAGAUACUAGUGAUUCUUCAGACGCCGAGCCAGCCCACCUCGACGGCGAAAGCUUAGAAACCUGGCAAAUAUGGAUCCAAACAGAGUCAUUGCGUCGAGUUGGUUAUCUUGCGUGGCUGCUCGACUGCUGUCUAGGCUAUAUGGCCAAUGCACGCCCUUUGUGUAAUAUGGACGAUGCUAGGACACCACUGCCUUGUGUGGAAUUGGCUUGGGAGGCUUCGACGGUCGAUCUUUGGGUGCAAGCUAAGAGACACACAUCGAAAACACCAUCGUUGUGUGUUGCCCUUGAGACGCUCUACAAGAACAAGAAAAUGAGCUUGGACUACAGCGAGUUAUCUCAGGUAUUGUUGAUCCAUGCGCUUUACAUACGUACGUGGGAAGUUGGAACUCAUAUCAAACAACCACUCAGUGAAUGGGUUCCAACUGGAAAAGCCAGAGGAUUCUUGAACACUCCUUCCAAGGACAAUUUCUGGCUUCCACUAUAUCCAUUGUACGCCAAUUGGAGGAAUAGCGCCUGUGACUGUCUUGAUGUUCUUACUUGGCAGGCAUCUAGUGUUGUUGCUAAUGCUUCUGGAGUCGAGCAUCCGGUUAUGCUUCACCUGCACCUUGCUCGCAUCGUCCUUCUCACCCCGUUUCAAGAAAUACAAGAUUUACUCUUCUCUUUGAUUGGCAAAGUCGGAAAUUCGCCCAUGGCAAGCUUCUACGUUCACGAUGGUAGCUAUCAACCUCGUAACAAGGCUAAGUUGCCACAAAUUCGAAAGAUAACAUGGCGGUGGUUGCGGGAAGAUCAACACAAAGCUCGUCUGGCAAUGAUUCAUGCUGGAUCGGUAUUCUGGUAUGUUCGGCGGUACUCGGCAAUGAGCUUCUACGAACCCAUCGCAGUAUAUCUAGCCUCGUUGGUGCUUUGGACCUACGGCUCAUACAAGUCCAGCGCUUUGGAGAGGGAUGCUGUUGCUGCUAACCAGAGGCCCGAGGGUGGUCCGAGUGGGCCUGACGCCGGUGCUGCGAUUCAGCCCUCACGUGUCGAGAGAAAACAAAGGCAAGCGAAGUUUAUGAACAAGUCCACCGCACAUGCAGAUCAACGACCAACCUCUCCAGCUGCCACAGGGCCCGUGCAUUCUAUCGAUACUACCGCGGCUUUACCUCAGGACAUCCCUGAUUCGGAAAGUGACGACUCAUCGUCUUCGGAUGAUCGACCAGAAUUCAUACAUCUUGAUAGACCUUGUGACGAUGAGAUUAUACAGCACUUUGUCCGGAAUGGUCAGAGUAUGGCAGGGUAUAUGACUAAUGUAGGAAACAUAUGUGAGACGCCCCAAAAGGUACUUCUCGAAGGCGCAAAAUUGCUUCGAACGAGGCUUGCAUGCUGGGGAGUUAGCAGAGAGUAUUACGAUAUUUUGACCAAAUUGGCCGAGCUCAGGAAAGCAGGUUAA